AUGAUAGGGUACGGAGGGUACGGGAGGACGGAGGGAAUCGGGAGGGUAUCGGAGGGUACGGGAGGGUACGGGAGGGUACGGGAGGGUAUCGGAGGGUACGGGAGGGUACGGGAGGGUACGGGAGGUAUCGGAGGGUACUGGGGAGGUACGGGAGGGUACCGGAGGGUACGGGAGGGUACGGGAGGGUACGGGAGGGUAAGGGAGGGUAUUGAGGGUACGGGAGGGUAUGGGAGGGCAUCGGGAGGGUACGGGAGGUAUCGGAGGGUACGGGAGGUACGGGGAGGGUACCGGAGGGUACGGGAGGGGUACGGGAGGGUAUCGAGGGUACGGGAGGGUACCGGAGGGUACGGGAGGGUACGGGAGGAUUUCGGGCACCUUAAAGGGAUUCUGCGGCGGAGGCAGCUGUACUGUCGAACCGGCUUCCAGCAGAUAUUCCCCAACGGGACCGUGUACGGGACAAGACAGGACCACAGCAGAUUCGGUAUCCUAGAGUUCAUCAGUCUGGCUGUAGGGCUGGUCAGCAUUAGAGGAGUGGACGCAGGACUCUACCUGGGCAUGAACGAGAGAGGAGAGACCUCUAUGGUGGGGAGCCAGAAGUUAACAGCUGAGUGUGUGUUCAGAGAGCAGUUUGAGGAGAACUGGUACAACACAUACGCCUCCACGCUCUACAAACACAACGACACCGGACGCUUCUACUACGUAGCGCUUAACAAGGACGGCUCGCCGCGGGAGGGGGGGCGGACUAAGAAACACCAGAAACUGACGCACUUCUUGCCUCGGCCUGUGGAGCUGGAGAAGAUCCCCCAGGCUUACAGAG